GACAUGGCUGGCUGGCCGCUCCCGAGUAUAAAACCUCACCUCAUCCUCCGAACCGAAAAAAAAACCCCACCACCCAACCGCCGCUCUCCGAGGCUCCUGAAAGUUGCAACCUCUCCCUCUCGGCGAAUUUGGGGGUUUCUGAAGCGCGCGAGGUAAACCAAGGUUUUGCUCAUGGCUCGUACUAAGCAGACCGCCCGUAAGUCCACUGGAGGAAAGGCUCCCAGGAAGCAGCUAGCCACCAAGGCUGCCCGUAAGUCUGCUCCCACCACUGGAGGAGUGAAGAAGCCUCACCGUUACCGCCCUGGAACUGUUGCUCUUCGUGAGAUCCGCAAGUACCAAAAGAGCACGGAGCUGCUCAUCAGGAAGCUUCCAUUCCAGAGGCUUGUUAGGGAGAUUGCCCAGGACUUCAAGACUGACCUCCGCUUCCAGAGCCAUGCGGUGCUGGCCCUUCAGGAGGCUGCAGAGGCCUACCUGGUCGGUCUCUUCGAGGACACCAACCUGUGCGCCAUCCAUGCCAAGCGGGUGACCAUCAUGCCCAAGGACAUUCAGCUGGCUAGGAGGAUCCGUGGCGAGAGGGCUUAAGGUGCUGUGCUUGCCUUGCCUGUGGGAAUCGCUCUGGUGGGCAUCUGUGUCUGCUUUUGCUGCUGAACACUUAUCAUGUGUCGUGAACUACUAAUACUGGUCGUGUGUAGUAAUAUGUCAGUAGCGUACUCUGUGCCAUACUAUGUUCGUAGAGCUGGAUCAUUUGUUCGUUGGUCGUCCUAAAUCAUCCACCUGGUGGGUUCUGAACCUUGCAUUUUAUGUCUGAAAAUUAGUGAUUGUGUGAACUAUUAUUA